CUUUCUCUAUCCCCCUCUCGCUAUUUUAUUUUAUACAAUGAGGUCUUUUGUUAGCUACUUUGGUUUAGCUAUACUUUCCUUACAGCUAGUCAAGGCUGCAGAUAUUGAGUACGCAGUGGUUGCUUUUCCCCAAGCCCAACAAAGCGUUACAGUAGUGAUUGCAGGACAGGCAUAUCCUUUAUCCCCUUCUGCUGAACACCCUAAUCUUUUCAAAGGCAUUGCUCCCUCUGGCGACCAAUAUGCCUACGCACUAGGUGAUGUGACCGAAACUCCUCGUACUCAAGCACAAGGAAUUGCCUCUACUGGUAACGAAUUCUUUAACAGAACACAAACUCUUUUCAAUGUACCUUCUCUUCCUCAAGCCUACCACCCUAUUUACCACCCCCUUAUGAGUAAUAUGAAUCGGUCUAACGAAGUUGCUACCAUUAUUAUGAACACCAACGCUACAGGCUUGGGCGAGAUUUUGACAAACCCACUUGGUGAUUAUGAGUAUACCGAAGUUUACAAUAUGACAUACAUCUCUCACGGAGAAAUCUUUUCGUUCUCGAUGGCAGGUCUCAAGAAUAGCGGUAAAUCGACCAAGGAGUUUGCCAAGCAAUCUUAUAAGCUCAAAUUAAAUGAGUUUUUACAAACUGGCGAUAAACAACUCUUGUUUGGCCGAUCUGUCGUUAAAUUAAGAGCCCAUGAAACGGAUCCCACUUUCGUCCGUGAAAAGUUGAUGCUUGAUCUUUUGGCUGCUUCUGGUGCUGCUUCUUUAGAAGGUAGUUUUGUACGUCUCUUUAUUAAUGGAGAGGCCUUUGGUCUUUAUCUGAUGAUUGAUGAUGCUACUGAUAACUUUAUCAACAAUGUCUUGCGUGCUGGUAACCAAAAGUUCCAAUACACCGGUCCUACCUACAAGGGCAAUGCCAUGACUCCCGAGGUUGAAGGAAACCUUGUCUAUACCGAUGACUUGCCUGCCUCUUACAACGAUACUAUCUAUGAAGUUGCUGAUGAAGGAAACUACAAGAAAACCUUUAACAAGACCACCGAAAAGGAUCCUCUCAUCCAGUUCAUCCGUGACCUCAGUUUGAUUAAUCCUGCUACCGCUGUAGAUGAAGCUAGCAAAGGCAAUAUCGAGAAAUUGGUACACCCUCAACACACCAUGAUUCACUUGGCCUGGAGUUACCUGUCUGGUUCUUGGGACGGUAUUUGGCAUCAAGCCAGUAACUAUUAUUUGACACUUGAAACCAGCUCUAAUAUCUGGACAUUAAUCUCGUAUGAUUUUGAUGAAACCUUCGGUACAGGUGCUCCUCGCUACAUGUCUACCACACCUUAUUCCAACUUCUCAAGACCUGAUUCAAAACGACCUCUUGUUGAGGCAUUUAUCAACUCUCCUUAUUAUCGUGCCGAAUUUGAGCAAGUGCUUACCACUUUAGUCAAGCGCGUCUUCAAAUCAAGCGUCAUUUUACCCCGUCUUGAAGCAUGGACACAAAUGUUGCGUCAAGAGGUUGAAUGGGAUUUAACUAUUACCCCCAAAUCACCUGGUAUUUUGACACAGUGGACUCUCUGGAACUUUGACAAUAACAUGAAAUUCACCGACGGUGAAAGUAUGGGCGUUGCCGAAUGGGUAGAAACAAGAUCUACAUCAUUACAGGCUUUGUUAAAUAUCACGGAUGUAGAUGAUUUACCCGUCUUGGGCCCCUAUAUCUCCCAAAGUGUCUGGGAUCCUAAUAACUAUGAAAAGGAACCUGUCAAUAAGAAUGAUGUAAAGGCAGCAGAAGCUACAGAAUCUGGCGCUGGUAAAGUAGCAAGUUCCGUUACACUUGUGCUUUUAGUUUGUAUUAUUCAAUUGUUCUUGUAAUUCUAUCUAUAGUUAGAUAAAUAUUAUGUAUAAUAAAUUAUUGCUGUAUUAAAAA